AUGAACAAUUGCCGUGAAUUUCUCUUUCACCAGAGACAAAGAACUUCAGCAGCUUCAAUCGACGGAACUCCAGCAACGAUCCGGAAGGCUGAAGGCUCGCACUCUGGAGAGAUGCUCGUAGAAAUGCGUCUUAUGGCACUAAUGGAGCAGAGGUUGAAGGAGUCAGCCGAGGCAGGGGAUAUCAGUGCUCUCUACUUCUGCCGGACAAACCUUUUUGCAAUCGAAAUACUUCGCUUAAAACCAUCAUUUGGGAGGAAGCUGAACGUGGAUGGCCUAACCCCACUCGACCUGGCUUUACAAAAUGGGCACUCUGAGACCGUGAGGCUUCUUGUGAAGUUUGAUGCUGGGCUUAUCCGAGUCAAAGGAAGGGAGAGUUACACUCCUUUGCAUUAUGUAGCUGAGACAGACAACAUCGAUCGUCUUGCUGAAUUUUUGUACGCUUGCCCUGCGUCGAUCAAGGACUUGACCAUCCGAGAUGAGAGUGCUCUGCAUAUUGCAGUGAAAAACUCCAGGCUUAGAGCUUUUAAGGUUUUGCUUGGCUGGCUCUCCAGGACCCUCGAAAUAGAAGUGCUGAACUGGAGGGACGGGGAUGGCAACACUGCAUUGCAUAUAGCAGUGGCCACUAAUCAAGUUCAGAACAAAUCUCAAGAAUUGGGAGGGAUUAACUCCCUAGACUUGGCGUUGAGACUUGAAAACAAUGAGGAGGUCCGGAAAAUUUUACUCCGUGUAAAUGCUUUGGUAUCUUCACCUCUCCGGAAGACCUUUAACCUCGCCGAGUUCUUGACUUCAAAAGAGCGGGCGUACUCAGUCCCCCAGGAGGAGUUUGGCCAGCUCAAGUCGACACCAGUCUACCUAAUUAUUCCAUCACCUUCGCUAAACGGCAGUUUUCCCCACCCUGUGGUGAAUAACAUCUCCGUGGUUGCUCUUAGGCAAAACCAAUCUUCAAACAGCACUGCCGGAAAAGUCGUCAUGCAUGGGGACGAUUUGCUUGUCUUUUCAUUGGCUAAUACAAACAGUUUUCACUCUCUCAAUCCUGGUGCUCAUCAGUGCCCUUCCUUGGGCACCUUAUAG